AACCGCCGUUUCCGUCAUCUUUUUCUUUCUGUUGAAAAAAAUUAGGGUUUUAGAAAAACCAUAAUAACAAACUACAGUAGCUAGUAAAACCUCAGCUAGAAGAACUUGCUCACUCAUGCUUAAUACGCCGAACAUCUGAUACAUAAUUAAAACUUAACAUUUUCUUCUUUACACAGAAAAAAAAUGGGAAUUCCAUCAUUCUAUAGAUGGCUAACGGAAAAGUACCCAAGCAUAGCGGUGGACGCCGUCGAAGAGAAACUUGAGAUGGUUGACGGCGUUAAAGUUCCGAUUGAUACGUCUCAACCUAACCCUAACGGAAUGGAAUUCGAUAAUCUCUAUCUUGACAUGAACGGAAUCAUCCACCCUUGCUUUCAUCCUGAAGGAGUGCCGCCUCCUGAAACGUAUGAUGAGGUUUUUCAGAAUAUGUUCAAGUACAUUGAUCGGAUAUUUUCGGUUGUUAGACCUCGUAAACUUCUCUUUUUAGGCAUUGAUGGUGUUGCACCGCGAGCUAAGAUGAAUCAACAAAGGUCAAGGCGUUUUCGAGCUGCUAAAGAUGCAGAGAUUGCUGAUAAACAAAUGAUGGAAUUAGGAGCGGAAUCUAUUACUUUAGAGGAGCCAUCGAAAUUGGACUCCAAUGUAACCACAUCAAAAUUGGACUCCCAUGUAAUCACACCUGGAACUGAGUUUAUGGAUUUAUUGUCAUCUGCACUUCAAUAUUACGUUCGGUUGAGGAUGAAUAAUGAUUCAGGAUGGCAGGGAAUAAAGGUUAUUCUCUCGGAUUCUGGUGUACCUGGUGAAGGGGAGCACAAGAUAAUGUCAUACAUUCGCUUGCAAAGAGAUCUGCCAGGAUACGAUCCUAACACACGGCAUUGCUUGUAUGGAUUGGACGCAGAUCUGAUUAUGCUUGCAUUAGCUACUCAUGAAGUUCAUUUCUCAAUUUUAAGAGAGGAGAUUCUCAAUGGAGGGGUUGUUUUGGAGAGAAAAUUCCAUCAAGGAAAGAAAUCCAGCAUUUCUAUUAAGAAGGUGGAAAAAGUGAAGUUUAUGAAUCAGGAGCAAAAGGAAACAAACUCAAACAAGAAUGGUGCUGAAAACCUGGAACAGUAUGUCUCAUGGAUAAAUUUUAAGUUCGUUAACAUUUGGGUUUUGAGGGAGUAUUUAGAAGAAGAUAUGAGAAUACCAAAAUCAACAAUGCAGACAGACUUGGAGCGCUUGAUUGAUGAUUUUGUCUUAAUGUGCUUGUUUAUUGGAAAUGAUUUCCUGCCGCACAUACCUACAUUAGCAAUAUCUGAGGGGGCUAUUGAUAUGCUCAUGAUGGUGUACACAAAGGAAUUUCUUAAAAUGGGUGGUUAUUUGACAGAUUCUUUUGAGGUAAAUUUGACACGUCUAGAGCAUUUUAUACAAGCUGUGGGUUCACACGAGGAUGCAAUCCUGAGAAAACAUACCCAGAUACAAAGACAGAGAAAAGUAUUCAAGAGAAAACAGUUUUCAAAAAGGAAAGUUGAGCAAGCCAAGCAGAAUGAUCCUAAUGCACUAUCCACGAAUGCUGGAUCUUCUCUUAUGAUAGCAAAUGUGGUAGGUACGAAAGUUGAAGAAAUUAACCAUUCAUCUGACGACACAGAUUCUGAUGUUGACAAGCUGGGAGAAGGUGAUUGGAAAGGAAGAUACUAUGUAAAAAAAUUCAAGGCCACAACCAAAGAAGACUGUGAGGGCAUCCGAAGACAUGUGGUUUUCAAAUAUAUGGAAGGGAUUUGCUGGGUCAUGAGAUACUACUAUGAAGGAGUAUGCUCUUGGCAGUGGUUCUAUCCUUAUCAUUAUGCACCGUUUGCUUCAGACUUUUAUGGUCUCAGUCAGUUAGAAAUUCAGUUCACUCUUGGAGAACCUUUCAAGCCAUUAGAUCAGUUAAUGGGUGUACUACCUGCUGCAAGUGCACAUGCUCUUCCUGUAUUUUACAGAAAAUUGAUGACGGAUGCAUCAUCACCUAUAUUGGAUUUUUAUCCAGCAGAUUUUAAGCUUGAUAUGAAUGGAAAACGUAAAAAAUGGCAGGCUAUCUGUUUAUUACCCUUCAUUGAGGAAUCUCGACUUCUCUCAGAAAUUGCAAAAGUGGAGCACACAUUGACAGAUGACGAGAGACGGAGAAACAGUUUGGGUACCAGUUUCUUAUUUCUUCAUGUUUUGCACCCUCUAGGAGAUGCGAUAAUUCAUCUUUCUGAGCAGAAUUGUGAUCCCAAUAUAUUACAGAAGAUUGACCCACAACUCAGUGGUGGAAUGAACGGAUUUGUUUGCAUUUCUGAUAAAGCUGUCUACCCCGAGGAAGUGUAUUCGCCGAUUGAUGGCAUGCAGAUGAUUGCACAAAACAGAGUCAUAUGUGUCUUAUAUAGAUACCCUUUGUUUCAUUGUCACAUCUCAAAGCUACCAGAAGGAGUGAUUUUGCCUGUCAAGUCUUCGGGAAAACAGGAGAUUUUGCCAUGCAAAAUAUGGCAUGAGACAGUUGUUUCCAAAGGUGUAUAUUCUAGAAGGCCGAUCCCCAAGUCUGUUUCAGGUCUCCAACUUGCCAUUUUGGCUCAUAGACUCGUGUCUUCCUGUAUCCCCAAACAAGAAGAUAGCCACGGAUAUAAGGGACCUAAUCUCCUUGCAGAUAACAUUGGUGACGUAUGUGAAGGAAGGAAAACGGGAAAAGGUAAACACUUCCUAGACAUUUCCAAGCAGUGCAUUUCCCAGGAUCAGGGAGGUGAUAAGCACAUUCCAGAUGCAGUGAAGGAAACAAAAACUGAAAGUAGAACUGCAAAGCUGAAAAGGAGGAAAGAGAGAAAAAGACUAAAGAAAAGUAGACAGACUGCAGAAAUUAAUGUCAUAGAUAAGAAUGGUGUGCAGUUGAGACAUUGCAUUCAGAAGAGUGAUGCUUCUGAGGAACUAACAGGAAAUGAUGCCGGAUUUACGAAAAGCAUAAUUGCUGUCCCAAGCAACUAUGUUGAGAAACUGGAUAGCUCUGCUCAUGUAAACCAGACAGCUGACAAUGUUGAGGGAUGUAGUUUUAGUUGUGCUGAAAAUGGAAGCCUGGAGAAAUUGGAGAAUAAUGUUUCCAAUUCGAUGGAAAUGAAGACGCAGGUGAAAUCUAAGAAAAGAAAACAAAGGUCUGAUAAAAACAAUCUGAUUAAAGAUGAUGAUUGUCAUGUUUCAAUAGAACAAACUGUAGGUAUCAAUGGAUUCUUGGAAACUGCAAGUUCUAGUUUAAGCAACGUCAUUGAGAAAGUUAAUGAUAGUCAUGCUUCUGGAUCCAGGGAAAGUGCAGGUGCUGUCUCAAGCAACAUUGUUGAGAAAUUCAAUGAGAGUUUGAGUGCCAUCUCAAGCAACACUGUUGAAAAACUGGGUUCUGGUCAUGCUGAGCAGAUAAUUGGCAAUUUGGAGAAAUCUAGUAAUCUUGGCUCUACUGAAAAUGGCAAUCUUGAGAAAUUGGAGCAUGAUGCUUGUAAUAUGCUGGAAAUAAAGAGACAGGUGAAAUCUGAAAAAAGGAAAGCAAGGUCUGAUAAAAACAAACAGAUUAAACUUGAUGAUAAUCAUGCUUCAACAGAACAUAAUGGAGGUGCCGGUGAAAGUUUAAGUGCCUUCCCAAGCAGCAAUGUCCAAAAACAGGAAAGCUCUAGUCAAAUGGAGCAGAUAGAUGGCAAUGUUGAGAAACGGCGUGUUAGUGGUGCUGAAAAUGUUAGUCUUGAGAAAUCAGAAAAUGAUUCUUGCAAGAAACAGGGAGAAAGUGUUGUUAUCCUUAUAGGCACAAAUGAACUCGAAACACAAGCACCAAGUAAACCCAAAUGGAAGAAGAGGAAGAAGCCAAGUGUCGAGGACAGUGUUGAGAAAUCGGAGUCUGGUGGUCUGAACAAGCUGGCAGGUCAAGACAGUAAAAGUGUAGCUGCAAACAUAAUUGCAGUCCAAUCUGAGGGGAAAUCAGAACAUGAUUCUUGCAAGAAACAGGGAGAAAGCGGUGUUUUCCUUAUAGGCACAGAACUCGAAACACAAUCACCAAGUAAACCCAAAUGGAAGAAGAGGAAGAAGCCAACUGUCGGGGAAAUUGUUGAGAAAUUGGAGUCUGGUGGUCUGAACAAGCUGGCAGGUCAAGACAGUAACAAUGUAGCUGCAAAUGUACUUGCGGUCCAAUCUGAGGGGAAAUCAGAAAAUGAUUCUUGCAAGAAACAGGGAGAAAGCGUUGUCGUUUUAGGCACAAAUGAACUUGAAACACAAGCACCAAGUAAACCCAAAUGGAAGAAGAGGAAGAAGCCAAGUGUCGUGGACAGUGUUGAGAAAUCGGAGUCCGGUGAUCUGAACAAGCUGGCAGGUCAAGACAGUAACAAUUUAGCUGCGAACGUACUUGCGCUCCAAUCUGAGGGGAAAUCAGAAAAUGAUUCGUGCAAGAAACAGGGAGAUAGCGUUGUUGCCCUUAUAGGCACAAAUGAACUCGAAACGCAAGCACCAACUAAACCCAAAUGGAAGAAGAGGAAGAAGCCAAGUGUCGUGGACAGUGUUGAGAAAUCGGAGUCUGGUGGCCUGAACAAGCUGGCAGGUCAAGACAGUAACGGUGUAGCUGCAAACGUAAUUGCGGUCCAAUCUGAGGGGAAAUCAGAAAAUGGUUCUUGCAAGAAACAGGGAGAAAGCGGUGUUUUCCUUAUAGGCACAAAUGAACUCGAAACACAAGCACCAAGUAAACCCAAAUGGAAGAAGAGGAAGAAGCCGACUGUCGUGGACAGUGUUGAGAAAUUGGAGUCUGGUAGUCUUAACAAGCUGGCAGGUCAAGACAGUAACAGUGGAGCUGCAAAUGUACUUGCGGUCCAAUCUGAGGGGAAAUCAGAAAAUGAUUCUUGCAAGAAACAUGGAGAAUAGUUUCACAGCCCAAAAGGUAGAAACAGAGAUUGAAGGGAAUAAGUUUACCUUGACGGUAUUGAGAAAUUGGAUUCUAGUUGCUUGAGCAAGCAGGCUGAACAUGAUGAUGGUGAUAAUGUAGCUGAAAUAAAUUCACAGCCCAUUCUGUAGGGAAGUUCGAGAAAGAAUUCGAUGGUGUCCCAAACGUUCUUGUUGAAGUCAGGAGUGAUGAUGCUGUUAAAUCAGCAAUGUUGCGGAUCACGUAGUUGACGGUUGAUGAGGAUUCAGACAUGGCUCUUCAGAAACCUCAUGCAAAUGAGACGAGAAAGUAAGUCCUCUUGCUGAAUGAAACUAUGUAUUGAAAAUUUUGUAAUCUAAGACCACUUCGAAGCUGAUGCUAAGAUACCGACUGUUAUUGAGCUGACGAAUUUUUGUUCUCUGUCGUCAGUAAGGAUAAUCACAUCUAUUGAGAGUUGAAAUGAUUGCGAUUAGGAUUGAUUCUUUUACCAUAAAUUACGGCCUAUAUGGUUUUGUUGUAAUCCAUGUUAGUUAUACAAGUGUUUCUGUCAGUUUGAGUACUA